AUGGCCGCGAGCUUAUCCCAGUUUCGCUACGCAAGCUCACACGCGGAGAACACAAACAAGUUCUUGCGAGAGGCCCUUAAUCGGCUGGAUUAUCCGGAGAAGCUGCAGAACCUGCUCCUGACACCCCGACGAGAAAUGAGUGUGGAGCUAGUCGUGCAGAUGGACGACGGAAAAAUCGAGGUGUUUAACGCCUACCGUGUACAGCACAAUAACGCACGGGGGCCGUACAAGGGCGGUCUGCGCUACCACCCACAGGUGGACCUGGACGAUGUGCGCAGUCUUGCGAGCCUUAUGACCUGGAAGACUGCCGUAAUGGACAUUCCGUACGGCGGUGCCAAGGGGGGCGUUACGGUGGACCCUCGCAAACUGAGUGAGCGGGAGCUGGAGAAGCUGACUCGCAAACUGGUGGUCAUGGCUUGGUUCUUUGACGAGUACUCCAAGUACAAGGGCUUCUCUCCAGGGGUGGUGACUGGGAAGCCGGUGUACCUGCACGGCUCGCUGGGUAGGGAGGCGGCCACGGGCCGGGGAACCACCUUCGCCAUCCGGGAGCUACUCAAGGCUCUCCACAUGGGCAAACUGGCUGACCAGAAGUACGUCAUCCAGGGUUUCGGCAACGUGGGCUCGUGGGCCGCCCAGCUGCUGUGGGAGUCGGGGGGCAAGGUGGUGGCGGUCAGUGACGUGGCAGGAGCAGUCGCCAACGAAAACGUGAGUGGGCGUGCUUGCGGUCUGGAUAUUGGGGAGCUCCGCAAGCAUAUGGCUGCCGGCAAGACGUUGGCCUCCUUCCCCGGGGGAGUUGCGUUGCCUAAAGAGGACAUCCUGGCACAGCCCUGCGACGUGCUGAUUCCGGCAGCCAUAGGGGGGGUCAUAGGGCCAGAAAUGGCGGCCAGGUUGCAGUGCAAGGUGGUGGUUGAGGCCGCCAACGGUCCAACCACCCCGGAGGGAGAUCUGGUGCUCCGAGACCGGGGUAUCACCGUAUUGCCGGACAUCUACACCAACGGCGGCGGAGUGACGGUGUCCUUUUUCGAGUGGGUCCAGAACCUGCAGAACUUCAAAUGGGAAGAGGAAGAUGUCAACAGGAAGCUGGACCGCAAGAUGACGGACGCGUUCGCUGCACUCUGGGGUGUUCACAAGGAGAUGGGUGUGCCGCUGCGUACGGCAGCCUUCGUGGUGGCGCUGCAGCGGGUGACCCGAGCCGAGGUGCACCGGGGCUUUGACUGA